AUGGCCAUGGACCUUUUCAAACGCAACAACGGUGGGCUCCCCAGAUCUCGCCAAGGCUCUAUCGACGCCUCCAUUUCCGAUCCCGACUCGCGGCCGCCCUCGCAGCCGCAGGCCUUCCAUCCGGACCUGCCCUCUCCGCCUGAACGUCACUUGCGAGACCAGAGCGGUGCACGCAGGAGUUCCGUCUUCACCCUCCGCUCCCGGAGCAACACUGGAAGCUCCAUGACAAAACCCGCCAAUCUCGACUCGCAGGACCGCGCCGCUAAGAGGUCGUCACGGGAAAUGCCUGCCACUCACCACCAAAGCUCGGCCAGCAUAUCUGAGCCUCCGUCUCUGAAGCAAAAGUCUUCUUCUUCCUCCAUGUUCGCCUCGAGGGGAAGGAAGCUGCGCCGCCAAAGCAGCAAGCUCACUUCCGCCACCGGUGUCGACGACGUUGAAGAGGUGGCCAGCGCACGUAGAGGUUCGGUCUUUGGCAAGGAACGCAAGCGGAGCACCUACGAGACGGUCGAGCAGUACAACCUCAGGAUGCGCCACAUCUCCCAGCCUUUCGACUUCCAACACCUAACCCACACCAACUCCCAGCAUCUCCAGCAGGCGCUCGAGAGCAGCCAGAAUGAGCUUGUUGCCGAGUUUUGGGCUCACCGCGCUUCGCAGAUGCCCAACAAGGAGCUGCGCGGAAUCAAGGUCGAAGACCUGAGCUCCCCCAACCCCGAGGACGCUCCCAAUCAACCUGGCAGCGACACUUCGUCCCUCUCUCGCUCCUCGAUCAUCAGUCCGAAGACUCGUGACGUCCCCAUCCCGCGAUCCCCUUCGCCUAAAUCGGAUGCACAGGCUGUUCGUCAUACGCGAUCUGCCGGCAGCUUCUCCCAGCCCAUCCCUCCUAUUUCGCCUAAGUCGCCCAGGACCAAGGACUCCCACGUGCCCAUGGUUGCUCCUAGGAUAUCUUCCCGCUUGGCAUCAGCACGGGGUGAAGAUACCCCUAUUGCGCAAGCGCUAUCUAGCAACCGCCGCCAAUCUGGUAUUUGGAACCAAGCAUUCCAUCGCCCAUCCGUCUCGAACGAAUUCGUCAACGAUCUCCCCUUCGUCGCACACGCAGUCACCACUCCCGACGACUCUGCCAUCCCUGCCAUGUCUCCAUCCUGGAACGCUGAGCUGGAGCACAUCGCAGAAGAGGAGGAAGGCAGCUAUUUUGGUCGCAUGUCGUACGACCAGAGUAUGCUCUUCUCUCCUUCGCCCGAAAUGUCGCCGACGCAGAAGCCCGAGGCCCAGUCGGAUCUCCCUCUGCGUGCGGACAACAUGGGUCCCCAUGAGCACUUGAAGUCCUUUGCGAACCACCGCCCCACGAGGCCGCGUCCCCUCUCGCAGAUGUCGGAUACACUUGGAGCCCCCUUCUGUCCGCCUAACUCCGGGAAAAAGACCCCCGGUGCGCUUGGCGCGCUUCAGCGGUCCGCUACGAUGAGGAGACGCUCGACCUUCUUCAAGAGCUUGGAGGAGACGAACACUUGGGAAGAUGAUAUCGACUACUGCUACGACAUUGGCGCUGAUGCCGAUUGCGACUUUGAGUGGGACCGUGUCUCCAGCGAGAACGGAGGUGGCUACACUCCCAGCGAAAUUCCUUUUGCAUUCCGCACGCCAACUGUCUUGGAAGAGGAGGAUGAGGAUGAGCGGAGCGGUGUCUGCGGCACGGAGGAGAAGCUCCAGGAAGGCUUCAUUCCCAACUCGAUUCUUCCGUCGCUCACGGCUCCUAGCAAGAGUUCUCUUCCUGAUUUGGACUACCGCUCCGGGGUUUCCACCUCCACGAACAGCCUUCUGACCCCUGUGGACACCUAUGCUGCCAACAGCCUCAAGGACCGUAGCAAUGUCGCAUACCCGAACCCAGAUCAUGAUGCCUAUACCCCAUCUUUGCUGGUCCCACAGGACUUCAAGGAUCAGGUUGCUAAGGAGGACAUGUACGAGGAUAUGCUCAACGACUACGAGUCCGACAGGCACUACCCUCUGGUGCACGCUCGCUCCGACAACACGCUUAGCAUUGCCGAAUCGAGCCGCAGCGGCCCUUCGCGCUACAGCAUGGGCAGCUCCUACGAGAGCAGCCUCCGCUCCGCGUCCAUCUCGCUCGCCAGCCCAGCACGUCGCUCGCGCAGCUCCACCGGUUCUGUGCCCGACCUUGUUCACAGCCGCCGCGCCGCCAGACGGACUAUGGAGAGCAUCAAUCGUCUCUCGAAGGAGAUGACAUUCGCAGAUGAUGAGGAGGACUACUAUGACGGUGCGUCGACGCAGCAGCAGCAGACGUUCUUCGCCGACGACCAGGAUGGUUCGGACGACGAUACCGAGGAUGACAAGAAAUAUGCGUCCCGUCCCACCACUUCCUCCUACCAUGACCGCUCCGCUUCCGAAGGUGCGGCGAAGCUCUUGGCCAAGGCCGGAGUGAAGGCGCAGCACAUUCGCACAGCCAGCACCGAAUACACUGCUCAGCGUAGGCCCAGCAAGCCUCACACUCUCAGCUUGUUUCCUCAGCCGCCCAAGACUCCCAAGAACCUUUAG